UUCUUUCUCUCUUCUUCCUCCUCUAGUUUCCGAUCAUUAACAAGCAGAGAACAUGGUGAGUUCCUGUAAUUCAUUUUUUGUUGUUACCAAUCAUGUAAUGUGUUGUUGUUGAUUGUUGAUCAUAUGAUGUUGAGUAUGCAGGCUAAUUCAGCGUCUGGGAUGCAUGUAAACGAUGAGUGCAAGCUCAAGUUCUUGGAGUUGAAAGCAAAGAGGAACUAUAGGUUUAUAGUGUUCAAAAUUGAUGAGAAGGCUCAGCAAGUUAUGAUAGAGAUGGUUGGGAAUCCAGAAAAAACUUACGACGAUUUCACCAAAUGUAUGCCUGAGAACGAGUGCCGGUACGCUGUCUAUGACUUCGAUUUCACCACUCCUGAGAACUGCCAGAAGAGCAAGAUCUUUUUCAUCGCAUGGUCACCAGAUACAUCAAGAGUGAGGAGUAAGAUGUUGUACGCAAGCUCAAAGGACAGAUUCAAGAGGGAACUGGAUGGGAUUCAGGUUGAACUGCAAGCAACAGACCCUAGCGAGAUGAGCCUGGACAUCAUCAAAGGACGAGUCAAUCUCUGAAUGCAUCAUCUUAAUGCGUUUCAGUCAUAUUCAUAUAUUGUGCUUUCGUUUUCUUGUGUUUUUGCUUAUUCUUCUUCUUCUGUUGCCGACUCUUUGUAUGUUGUGUGAUUCAAGGUCUCACCACUUUUUUUUGUUUUCUUUCUGGAAUGGCAAUAUUCAAAAUAAUAGAUAACUGUUUUGCUUCCCUAAACAAAAUUAAGUAACUUAUAAUGA